AUGGAACGAAAUCUAAUACAGUGCACGAGCUCCCUCAGCAGAUGUCUGACCCAAAUCACAUGUCGAAGUGCACGAAAAGUCCGACCUGCAACAUUUACGGCCCGACAACAGAUACGCUGUGUACACGCCACAUGCCCGACUCUUCUCCAGUCCAGACCACCCAAAUCCCGAGACCGUGGUCCGAAGAGUAAUGAGGAUACGCAAACCGACUUCGGCGCCCUCGAUGUCUUACGCAACACAGUCGCGCCAGCUACAUCAAUCGACGCCUGCACAAGCGAUGGUUUCGCACUCAACAACCAGAUGCGCAUAAGCGGUAGCGGCAUCCUCUUGGUAGGCGGCGAAGCAUUCCGGUGGCGACCAUGGCUACGAGAAGGAAGGAAAGAGGGAACCAUUGCCGAAGGCGGUACAGGUGAGGAUACCAUGACCGGGAAGCUGUUGAACGCACGGGGACAAUGGGAAGUACGCGAGGGAGCUUGGGGCGUGUUGGAGCUUGUAUUUCCGAAGCCUGAUAUUCUCAUCAUCGGUACGGGACCCCAUACAACGCCGAUUGCGCCUGCAGUACGGAAAUAUCUCAACGAUUUGGGAAUACGGCUUGAGAUUCAGGAUACAAGGAAUGCGUCUGCUCAGUUCAAUCUGCUUGCGACGGAGCGCGGCGUUGGACAGGUUGCGGCUGCCCUGAUACCUAUAGGAUGGAGAGAAGGGCGGUGAUGAUGAUGACAUAAGAGGAUAGACACUGCUGAUAGCCGUUCAGCCUACGACGCCUUCGUAUAGCACAUGAAAUGUGCUCGUGUCUGCAGGGUUGAACAGCCCGGCAUCGAGACAGCAGAAGUGCUGGGUCUCCGGGUUAUGGACACCAUCACAUCAGAGGUCUUUGUGAUUGUUUCGGACUACGCGGUCUCAUCGUCUCAUCGUCUCUUGUUUCCCUGAGACAUCGGUGAAGACUCAUCAAUGCGCAUAUUGAACUAAGUCAGCCCUCGGCUUCUGCGUAUUGCGGCGCACUUUGCCUGCUAUCCGGUACCGAUAACCUUAUCUCCGCCGCUCUUGAAUGCACAGGGAUGCUGUUGCCCCGCAUAUGCAUGCCACGCCGCCUACACAUAGGCAUGCAGUCCUACCCAUUAUACUACUGUACAACUCGAACAAAUUCUCUG